AUGAAGCUGCUGCAAAUUCAUGAUCCUCGUGAAGUGAUCCCGAUCGGCUGUCGUUUACUACAGCUGUUUGGGUUAGGGCGUAGUGAAAAGCUCAAGCUCCUGUACUGGACUCAGGUGGUGUUUUAUCUCGUGUUCAGUAUCAUACCCCGUGUUCUGGUUAAGAUCGAGGAUACGGUUACAUUGCUACGGAUGGGUGCAGAGUUGACCUUUGUCUCGUACCUCUAUUCGCAAAUAUUGGCCCUUUACAUUCGACGCAAACAUCUGUAUCGAUUGGUCGAUAUGCUACAACAGUGUGCCAACAAACACUAUUCGGAGAUGAUUGAUACGUUUUUGAUCAGUUCGAAUGCCAAAAUUAACAAAUUUUCAAUCACCUGCUGCAAGUACUUCUUUCUUAUGUACAUCUUAUACUGCGUGAUACCACCAGUAGCUGCAAUAGGUGUUUACAUUCGGAACAGUAGCAAUCUCACAGUCGAGCGGGAAGAGUUUAUCAUUUCCAGUGAGAUGAACCUGUACUAUUUGGAUAUUCGAUACAAUGUACUGCACUUUGCUUUCUACACGAUCAUCAUCUGCUUGUUAACGGUCACUUCGGCGGGAUCACUGUGCAUCAAGGAUGUGAUGGAUGUAUCUGUCAUUAAAACCACAUCCCUAAUGUUUCAGGUAACCGCUAUGCAGAUUCGUGAGCUGAAAGAAUACGUCUCACAAGCACAACUCAGCACGGUCAUCGAAUCCCAUCGGGAUACUUUACUGUGCGCUCAGAGCUUACAGGACACUCUCAACCUGUCGCUUCUAUUUCAGCUUACAUUCUGUAGUGCUAUAUGGUGCCUUAUGCUUUUCUACAUCUUGAUGAUGGGAUUUGAUUCUAGAAUCUUAAAUGUGGUGAUACUUCUGCUUAUUGUGACGGUUGAAACAUGGACAUACUGUUCACUAGGAACACAGCUCACCGAUCAGGGAGAGGAGGUGCUGAUGGCUCUUCAACAGCUCGCCUGGUACGAUCAGUCGGUCACUAUUCAAAAGCAAAUUCUCUUCAUGAUUCGUCGUUCACAAAAACCUAUUAUCCUGACUGCUGGAAAUCUUUUCUACGCCAAUGUGCUGCAGUUCAGUGAGAUGGCACAAAAGUCUUACUCUUUCUAUCUUGUUUUGAAAAAUGUUUUUUAA